UUUGACCCUUUCAUUCAACCAAAAUCUUAAACCCCACAAAAACCCAGACACAAACACAGAAUGCAAUUGCAAUGGCAGCAUCAUCUUAGUUUGUCAGAAGAGAAACAAGAUCCAUUACAUUUUUCCAACCAAGAUCCCCAUUCCCAUGAUGCUAUCAACACUCAAACAUCAUCAUCAUGUCACCAAACACAAACCCAAUUCUCUCUUCUCUUCCAUUCUCACACUCUUCUCCAACAAUUGUUCUUCUCUUUCACCCUCAUCAUCUUCAUCGUUUCCACCUCCCUCCUUCGCCAUCUCCAAAACCGACGUCGCCGACACCAUCAACACCUGGUUCACAACCCGCCACCAAUCACAGGACCCUCUCCUCAUCCGCAUCUACAACAUCCUCUCCUCCGACGACGACUUCUCCGCCGCACUCUCCGCACUCUCCCUCCCCCUCUCCGAAACCUUCGUCCUCCGCGUCCUCCGCCACGGCGGCGACGACGGCGACAUCCUCUCAUGCCUCAAAUUCUUCGACUGGGCCGGCCGCCAGCCACGGUUCUACCACACCCGCACCACCUUCGUUGCCAUCUUCCGCAUCCUCUCGUGCGCCAGGCUCCGGCCGCUUGUCUUCGAUUUCCUCCGCGACUUCAGGAGUUGCAGCUUCCCCCACAGGGCUCGCUACCACGACACCCUCGUCGUCGGAUACGCCAUUGCUGGGAAACCUGACAUUGCACUCCACCUGCUCGGCAGAAUGCGCUUUCAGGGUUUGGACUUGGAUGGGUUUGGUUACCAUAUUCUGUUGAAUUCUCUUGCUGAGAACAACUGUUACAAUGCAUUUGAUGUCAUUGCCAACCAGAUUUGCAUGAGGGGCUACGAGAGCCACAUGACCAAUGUCAUUGUUAUUAAGCAUUUGUGCAAGCAAGGUCGGUUGGAGGAGGCGGAAGCUCAUCUCAAUGGCUUGGUGGGUAGUGGAAAGGAGUUGCACAGGUCUGAGUUGAGUUUUCUUAUUGGUGUAUUGUGUGAGAGUAAUAGAUUUGAGCGUGCUGUUGAGUUGGUUAGCGAGUUUGGGACAUCGCUUCCAUUGGAGAAUGCUUAUGGUGUGUGGAUAAGGGGUCUUGUGCAGGGUGGGAGAUUGGAUGAAGCACUUGAGUUUUUUAGGCAGAAGAGAGAUUCUGAAGGGUUUGUUCCUUGCAAGGUUCGGUAUAACAUUUUGAUUGGCAGGCUUUUGAGAGAGAACCGGCUUAAAGAUGUAUAUGAAUUGUUGAUGGAUAUGAACGAGACUUGCAUUCCACCUAAUAUGGUUACCAUGAAUGCUGUCUUGUGCUUUUUUUGUAAACUGGGGAUGGUCGAUGUUGCACUAGAAUUGUUCAAUUCCAGGUCUCAGUUUGGACUGUCUCCCAAUUACAUGGCUUACAAGUAUUUGAUACUUACUUUGUGUUGGGAUGGGUGCCCUAAGGAGGCAUACAGAGUGUUGAGAAGUUCUUCUGGUACAGGUUAUUUUCCUGAUAGGCGGACCUUUUCAACGCUUGCCAAUGCUUUAUGUAGAGAGUGCAAGAUUGAUGAGAUGUGGGACUUGCUCGAUUUUGCCUUAGAAAGGAGAUUUAUGCCAAAUUCUUCCACAUAUUCAAGGUUUGUAUCGGCUCUAUGCCGAGCUGGAAGAGUGGAAGAUGGUUAUUUGAUGCGUGGGGACCUUGACAAAGUAACUGCUAGGUUUUCGUACGCCAAGAUGAUUAUGGGUUUUAUCAAGUCAAAUAGGGGAGACAUUGCUGCUCGUCUUCUUGUUGAAAUGAAAGAGAAGGGUUAUGAGCUAAAGCGUUCCUCGUAUAGACAUGUUCUUCAUUGUUUACUUCAUAUGGAUAAUCCAAGAACACGUUUUUUCAAUUUAUUGGAGAUGAUGACUCAUGGUAAACCUCAUUGUGAUAUUUUCAACAGUUUCAUUGACGGAGCUAUGCAUGCCAAUAAGCCUGAUUUGGCUAGGGAAGUAUUUGAGUUGAUGCAAAGGAAUGGCAUCAUGACCAAUGCGUCUUCUCAAAUCCUUGUAAUGAAGAGUUAUUUUAGAAGUCGAAGGAUUUCUGAUGCUCUGCGUUUCUUUAAUGAUAUCAGGCACCAGGUUGUGGUGAGCACAAAAUUGUAUAAUCGCAUGAUUGUUGGUCUCUGCAAGUCUGACAAGGCAGACAUUGCACUUGAGCUCUGUUUUGAAAUGUUAAAAGUUGGAUUAAAUCCGAGCAUUGAAUGCUAUGAGGUUCUUGUGCAGAAGCUUUGCUCAUUGAAAAGAUAUUAUGAAGCAGUAAAUCUUGUUAAUGUGUAUGAGAAAGCAGGACGUCGGUUAACUUCUUUUCUUGGCAAUGUACUUCUUUUUCAUUCAAUGAUAUCACCGGAAGUCUAUCAUUCAUGUGUAGAUUUAAGAAGAGAGAAAGAGGGGGAGUUUCUUGAUAGUUCAAUGCUGACCUUGAUCAUUGGUGCAUUUUCUGGCUGUCUCAGAGUAAGCUAUUCUAUUCAGGAGUUGGAGGAAUUAAUAGCUAAGUGCUUUCCAGUUGACAUUUACACCUACAAUUUGUUGAUGAGGAAACUAACUCAUCAUGAUAUGGACAAAGCUUGUGAGUUGUUUGAUAGGAUGUGUCAAAGGGGUCUUGAGCCUAAUCGUUGGACUUAUGGACUCAUGGCACAUGGUUUCUCAAAUCAUGGCAGGAAAGAUGAGGCUAAGCGAUGGGUUCAUGAAAUGCUCAAAAAAGGAUUUAAUCCACCAGAGAAUACUAGAAAUGUCAUUUAAGGAGAAUAAAUUGAUGUGCUGAAAAAUGGGUCACUGGUAAGAUAUUAUAUUUAAUUGAUUUUUUUGCUAACUUCUAAAUGUUAAAUCUCGAGUGUAGAAUUCCUGGACACCGGAUUGCAAACUCAAUGCAAUGGAGUAAGAGUUGAUGGUUAUAUUUUUAGAAUACUAAAAAUUCUUACACGACAAAAAUUAUUGAGGCUUUAAAGCUGAAAUGUCAUAUUUGUAACUUGUAGUGUAAUUUUAUGAGUAAUGAUAUAUACACACCUCACUUUCUCUCC